AUGUCUGCUUAUUUCUGUGCCAUCUGCAAGCAUUUUACUAGUAUUGACAAGAAUCCGUACCACUGCGAUAAAUGUGGAAUUUGCCGGUAGGUUAAACAUUACUUUUUUUGUUUCCAAAAUUAUGAUAACUAGAAUAGCUGACACUACAGCUGCCCCCGCUCUGUAUAUCGUCGGUCAAUAGUUUUCUUGCUUGUUGUGUAGCUCUUUGAAAUAUACCGAUUCAUAAUGCAGAUUUUCACACAUAUUCCAUACAACAGGUGAGAUAAAUACAGGAAACGCAAGGUUCCAUGCACAUUUUCAGUUUGAUUUACACAGCUUUGAUCAAAACCUUCUCAGUUUCGAGAAUAGUUUAUUCUAAACCACGAGAAAAGAUUUAAUUAGAAGUUGAAUUUUUCGCUAUUUCUCUUUCACUUUUUACAUUCAGUUCAUUUUAUUUGCCGGAAAGUAAGCCUUAUAAAUUAAAAAGACGUUUGAUCAAUUCUGCGCAAUAAAUGUCACAAAAUCUACCCAAGCGGUCCCUUCGGGAUUUUCUGUCUUUACGUCAUCCUAACCAUUUCGUACUUGCAGGCGCAAAAAAUAGAAACGGCAUCAUUACCUACCUAUUCCUCGCGGCCCCUGUUUAGGCAAAUCGAGAUUUUUUCUGGCAUACUGACUGUAUAUUUCAACUGUGAGUACUUUCCUUAACAUACGCGCGAGUUACUAGGGUGCCUCCUCGGGAUUUCGCCUUCUGGGCGAAAUCCCUGUUGGGGCAAUUAGUAAUUGAGAAAGAAUUUUCACACCUCCAAAGUAUUGAAAUCUUUAUGACGGUUAUAUACCCUCAGGAGACACCGUUAUGACAUUCCACCCCCCUUAAAUGGAUUUCAACCCUAGAGGGACAAAUGGGUGUAUCAAUUGAGUUCGAAUUCAUCUAUGGUUCCCUAGCCAACGUCAAUAUCACUGCGAGACGAUUGAUUGAAUUAAUUGAGUACCUGAUAUCUUCUACCUACUGUACUAGAUUUGGCCGUGUUUACAUUAGAGACUUUAAAAUCCGUCAAAAUGGACGUACGUCAGACGGAUCGUUCCUCGGAAACGAAAAUCGUUAUUAUAAAUGCAGCAAGUACGCGGAGAACUCAGUCACUUAAAACGGGGUAGAAUUACAAAGAAUCCAAGUCUUGUUUUUCCAGGACACGAAAAUUUUCCCACGCCUCACUAUAUAAUAUAAUUUACGAUGUUUUGGGUCCUUUCAGGUUUUUACCAGCAUUUUUCUCAAAUAAAUUCGAAAAAUAUAUGUUGCGAUCCUCCUGAAUGAAAAAUGAUAAGAAAUCAAGCAAAUGUUGCUUAAAACAAUGUUAAUUUCCAGCAGAAGAAAUAUAAAACUGUUCUAGUGAGGCCUUUAACGGCUGAUUAAGAAAGUAAAAUCCAAAGUCCAAGCUUUCGCCGAUUAACGGCAAGAUUUUUCAACUUUUCUUUUCUUGGAGAGAGCAUCUUUUUCUGACACAUAAAUGAAAUAAGAAAUUACAGAACCGCAUGAUGACUUAACCAAUUUUUACCCAUUUUGUCUCAAUCAAGGAUUCAUCAGGACAAAUCAUUCCAUUGUGAAGUAUGUAAUGUGUGUUUAGACAAACGACUCGAGGGAAAUCACAAAUGUCGACCUGAUUCAGGUCAUGAUGAAUGCUGUAUUUGCUUGGAGGUGAGUUAAAAAUUCAUUCCUACCUUUUUAGCUUCUUUUUUUGGGGUGUCUUUUUAGGGGGUAAGGGUUCAUUGCAACCCCUUUCUAACAAGAACGUAAGGUUUUUCUUAUUUAAUUAUGAGAAAAGAGCCACAUUUUGCGACGCUGCCACUGGUUUCUCGGCCAGAUGACGUCUGGGGAACAAACGCAGAAAUUCCAUUCUGAUGUCGCACCAAUCUCGAUUGGUCAUGCCCGCGUGGGAAUUGUGCUUCAACCAAUCAGAAGUAGUAUCCAGUUCUAGAUAGUGUCACUUCAUCAGUAUGGAAUUUCUACGCUCGUUUCUUAGACGUCGCGAAAUGAUGGCUGUUUUCUCAGUCUAAUUGUGGGAUAAAAGUUAUUUAAUGCUUGUUUGCACGUUUGACUUUGUUACAAUUGUUUUUUUUACUGAAAGGAUGCAUUCAGUGGCUGCCAAAUAUUACCAUGUUCACACAAAGUCCACAGAGAAUGUGCCAUCGCUAUGAUACAAAACGGCAUGUAA